AUGCAGCUAUCUCGAAGCUGGAUUUUUAAAAACACACUACUUACUGGAGGAUGUGCAAGUGUUAGAGGUUCUAAUGUUUCGACCUUUUCUGGCGGAGGCCCAACAAAUGUUUUGGAUUCUCGUGUUUACCACCAUGGGGGUGGUUCUUCUGGACAUCUUCGAACUGGUAGUACGCAAUUAUCUUCUCCGUUCGUAUCCGUACGUGGAAUCUAUUGUGGUGGAGGUUUAUCUUUUUCGACCUUUGCUGGGAGAGACUCUUCAAAUGUUUCGGUAUGUUUUGGUAAUUGUGAAGAUUUCUGGUACUACUGCCAAACUUCAAAACUUUUCGUACACUUUUUGUUUAUUUUUUAGGGACCUGGUAAUUUUAACUCUUACCAUAUUUUUAUCUUUUUGAACUGCCCAAAUUUAGGAUCCUCGUGUUUACCAGCAUGCAGUUUCUGGCUAAAGUACACUUUACCG